UUCUCAACUCCCUCUGCUUGCAUGUGUUCUGUUUUGGUACAAAAUUGUUUUAUGUACUCAUGUGUUUUCAGUGAAUUUGAUUGAUUCUUAAUAAUGGCUCCUAAAUUACGUGAUUUGAUAAUAACGUAUAAUAACCUUGCUAAUCCCGAUGGGUCCGCUUUGUUUUGUCAGGGUAACACGAUUGUCCAAACUUUUGUUUUUGGUCCGGUAGAUGUUUCUUCAAAAGAGCAAUCCGAAAAAGCAUCUCUAUUUGUUGCAUUUAAACCAAAAAACUCAUGCAACAAAAAUGAUCUUCGAAAGGAACUGUAUGAGAACUAUAUCCGAACUGUUCUGGAAACAAUCAUUCAUCUCGAUAUCCAUCCUCGAACCAGGAUAUCAGUAAUUUUACAGGAGAUGCAAGAUGAUGGUUGUUUGUUAUCUGCUGCGGUUAACAGUGCUUGUUGUGCAUUACUUGAUGCUGGUAUUCCUAUGAAGUGCAUGAUAGCCUCAGUUACCAGUUGUAUUUCAGUUGAUGCAAUUCAAUUGGAUCCAAAUAAAGAAGCAUCUCAAAAGUCAGAUGGAUCCAUAGUCUUAACAUUCGAAAGCUCAAAAAAUAGCAUCAUAUCAGUUUCUAGCGAAGGAGAAUUUACUGUUGAUAAUAUUAAUGAAGCAAUCAAACUAGGUUGUUUAGCGACUAAAAAAAUUUAUGAUUUUUAUCAUGAAUCAAUGAAGAAAAGAUUUUUAAUUAAUUCAUGAAGACAUACUUUUUUUCAUAAUUUAAUAAAAUUUGUCUUUGGUUUAACAGGAAUACUUUUUAAUCCAGCUUCUUUUCUGUCCAAUCUAGGUAACUUAGAUUUCAGGAUCAUGGGUUUCAGAUGUCAAGCCUGCUUCAUGGGCCUGGGCUCAACCCAACUGGGCUUUAUAUGUUAAUCAAUAUUCAAACCUUUUAAGCUCAGCCAUAUUAGAAAUGUUUGAUUUUAAUUUUGUUAAAACUAAAUAAAGAAAUAAAAUUUGCAAGCUUUAGUCAAA